AUGCGUUUCGGUGGUAAAUCUUUGGUAGCUGCACCACCAGAUGGUCGAGCGCUUUGGUUACGACAUGACGGUUCAUCAAUAAAUCUAAUGGCAAGCACAUGUUCUGUUCCGGCUGCAUUGGUAUUACCAGUAGAUGAUUGCUUCGAAGCUCGAAUUCUACGGGCGGAUCCAUUAACGAAAUGCUUAUAUGUAAGACCGUUAUGUAUGGAGAAUCAAUAUGGUGAUCUGAAUAUGAGUCUCUCCGCUGCAGCAACAGGUGACACGAAGGAUUCAUGUCGUCCCGCUGUAUCGGGACAGCUUAGUAUGAGCACAGUUUAUAUGGUACGAACAGGCGAAGGAUAUAUAAGAGCUGUAUUGCUGAAGAGGAAGAAGACAAUGACUUAUCCGAUGUAUGGUAUUGAUCUUGGAGAGGUGUAUAACAUAGGCGCAAAUGACAUAUAUGAAUUAUUACAAUCCUUACGUGAUGUGCCGCCUCUUUGCCUAUGUAUUAUUUUGGAAUCUCACUGUAAUGCGAAAAAAUGCGAAGAAUUUGCGUACUUGAAAAAAGGAGCGAUUUGCAUAAUUAAAAUUUGCAAUGAAUUUCCCUCAAAUUACCCCCAACGAGCAAAAGAAAUGUAUCCACCAGCAAUCUUGUCGAAAAUAUACAAGAAGAGUGAGAAUGGAAAGUUUGUUGAAAUCACAUGUUCUAUGAAGACAGUUGAAAAGAUCUCGGAAGCUCCUCUAAUUCCUGCUGCUGAUGAGGUUCGAUUUUCGGGAACUAUCAGAUCCAAUGUUGCAAAUCCGUCAAUGAUCGUUGAAUCAGUUGCUAGUAGAAAGAGCAUUAAUAGUAACGGUGGUAAUAAUAGUGGUUUGCCUCGUCGUAAAUGUCGAGCAUUGGUAGUAAAAAGUGCAUCAGUGUCAGCGAUAAUCAGAAAUCCAGCAUUGCCAUUUAUGUUUCAAAAGUUUAAUGUUUCAUUACCGACUCAUUUAACAGCACGAGUAACUGAGCGUACAGACUAUGAUACCUAUUUGAUGAGAAAUCCUGAAGUACUCGAUUAUCUGACAGAGCACAUGGUAGCGGUGAGAACUCCUCUAACAUCUCGAUUGUGCUCAGAUCGUGGUGUUUGUUGUAUAGCUCGCUUGAUCCGUCCAGCACGGUCAAACAGCUCAUCGUUUGAGCCGCAAAUAUUCAGGGCAAUAGCAAGUCAUUAUCGGCCAAAUGAUAACACCUGUGAAGUGUUACUUGUUGAUUUCGGACAGACGAUUGUAUGCAGUAUGUCGGACUUGUUUGAACUUCAGGAUCAGCCUGUUGAAGUUCUUGAAAAACCAACAGCAUCAUUCCAGUGUCGAGUGACGAGAUUUUCACCAUUCAAAAAAAAUGCUAAUAAAGGAAUAAGGUUACUUGAUGAAAAUGAUUACAAUGUAUGUUUAACAUUAAAAUGUGCCCGUGAUUUAUAUUGGGCAAAAGUAACAUUAUCGGAUACAGAUUCUGUACUUCACUACAAGAAACCACGAAUGGAUAUCACUAAAAAGCUCGAACAACAGAAAAAGGAACUAUGUGAAGAAGAAAAACGGUUAAAUGAACAGGAACAACUGCUAAGAAAAGAGAAAGAAAACUUUACUAACGAAAGCAUCGAGAAAGAACGAGAAUUGCAGCUGAUAGCACUGCAAAUGCAACUAUGGGAUAUAUCAGCAAAAUUGGAUGUGGUUGCUUCCAGUAACUCAAGUUUUGUGAAAGCGGAUGGUUUUUAUCCGAAACUGGAAGAAGUUAAUUAUUGCGGCGUUCCUGUGUAUACUACAAAUGGUUACAGUCAACACGAAAAUAAUAGUAAUAAUGCAGUCAAUAUACCACAACAGCAACAGAAUGCUACUGUAAAUCAAUCAUGGGGACAGCAGUGGCCAUGCUAUCUUCCGACUGCACAUACAUCGAGCGUUGUAACAUCCACAAGCCAAUGCAAUCUACCGUAUCAGCAAAUGAAUAGCAUGUGCUCCUCGAUACCCUAUGUACCGCAUACACAGCACGAUACCCCCAAAAACUGGCGAAUUCAAAACAACAUGGGAUUCAAAGCAACAACAGAAAAAAAAUCCAAAGCAACACGGGCGCUUUUAUUCAACGAUACUUCCUUGGAAAGAAACAAUGGACAUUCAGCAGAGCCGUUAUCAUUGCAAAAUAGCAAAAUUCAACCUUCACUUCGUCCCAAUUCAAAAAACAAGAAACGUUCAACACAUUUACAGGCUAUUAUUCCGACAUCAAAAGCGAAUUCCAUGAAUUCGAAUUCAAGUACAGAUUGCAAAAUUUCUGUAUCAGCGGAUUCUUUUUGGGAUAGCUGUCAUUGGAAAUUAGAACGUGGGGAACCACCACAUCGAACAAUCAGUGAUUACUGUAAUAUUGCUAAAAAACAAUCACAUGAUAUUCGAGGUAAUUUUCCGGAACGUUCGCUGAGUGCAGUUUCGCAAUAUACCAAUAAUUUACCAGACUUUUCAAGUCGACAAACUAUGCAGUUGAAACUAGAACACUCACGGAAUGCUAUUGGAGACACAGUGGCAUCCGAUGUAUCACUUUCAAGUUUGAUUAGAAAACCGAUUUAUACAUCUGACGAGUCAGCUGAUUACAGUCAAUUAUGCAUUACUACAAGCAACUAUGGAGAGCAGGAAGUGUCUCUACCAUCAGAACCACAAAUCUUCACGCAUCAAAACAACGAACUACAGCCAUUUCCAACUUAUCAGAUAUAUCAUAAACUUGUCAGUAUCGUUGGUGGAAGUGAAUUGACUGUGCGAAGAGUCGGUAGCGAUGCUGAUUGGCCAGUAUUUUUUGUAAUCCCGACUACAGCAUUACAGCAUACAGCUGCUGAAUGUUUUGAUUUAUUAUGUCCGACGCAGAAACUGAAUGCUAAUAGAAUUGCAGUUGGUACACUUUGUGUAGUAGAAUGCAACGAUUUUAAAAGAACGAAAGUUAGAGCAGUUAUUGAGCGUUUCAGCGAAAACCUUGUAGACGUACGACAUAUUGACGAUGGGCAUAUGGAAACUAUCCCGCGAAAUCAAUUAUGGUCUAUAGAAGACUUGUCUGCAAAUGUUCGCACCCAACCUGCUCUAGCAAUACCCUGCAUUUUGGCUUCCCUGAAUGAAGCGCAACUGGUUAAAACAAUUAAUUACUGUAUAAAUGAAAUACCUUGCGUUGGACAGCUGAUGCAUGUGCUAUUCAAGGAACAACGUAAUUCGGAUGGUGUUUGGAUUGUUGAAUUAAUAAAUGGAAUGAAUAACGAUAAUGGAGCUGAAUGA